AUGGAUAUCUCAUCUCUGCGAACCACAAGGCUGGUGAACAUCUUCGGGGUGGUCGACUACGAUUACUACAAGCACUAUUUAGGCCAGUGUUGGAAGAGUGGAUACCGCGCUCGAGCCAUCAAAGAAAAGCUUCAACAGAUCAUCAGCGAAGGCAGGGUAUUGCCGGAGCAGAUGCCCAAGCUGGUCAGCAAUACCGUGUCCUGGGCGGCGAUCGACUUUGUGGCGGAGCUGAGGAGCGUGAGACCCACGGCAGAAACGGAGGAAGCCUACAGGAUGCUGCUGGACUGGGACGGUGACCUACGGCCGGACAGUGUGGCAGGGGCCCUGUAUCAGUUGACCUUUGCGGAGCUGGUUCAGCUCCUCAUCCGCGCUGGGCUGACGGUUUCGUCACAGGAUGAGGCCAGAAGCAGACGCAUCAUUGAAGCGAUUGGUGGCUCUUCCUUUGAUGAAAAUCAGGUCUUGAAAUUCCUCUCGGAGAUCCAAGGGCACGUGCCUUGGGCCUUGGUUGCCUCCAAAAAUCUGCGAAUUGCGAUGGAUUUGGGACUGGAUAUCAAUGGCCGUUUUCAAUGCCAUAUGGUGGGGGGGAUCAAAGCAAUGGAACAGCCAUAG